AUGGAACGUGCGGUUCUUGAUGGUAUCAUCAAUAGGCUGCUCGAUGUCAGAGGCAGACCCGGUAAGCAGGUGCAACUUUCUGAGGCUGAGAUCAAGCAGCUUUGUCUUGUCUCCAGGGAUAUCUUCUUGAAACAGCCCAACCUCUUGGAACUCGAGGCACCACUUAAGAUCUGUGGAGAUGUCCAUGGUCAAUAUUCUGAUCUUCUGCGACUUUUUGAGUAUGGUGGAUUGCCUCCUCGUUCUAAUUACUUAUUUUUGGGGGACUAUGUUGAUCGUGGGAAGCAAAGUUUGGAGACUAUAUGUCUCCUUCUGGCUUAUAAAAUAAAAUAUCCUAAUAACUUUUUCCUUCUGAGGGGCAACCAUGAAUGUGCUUCUAUAAACCGCAUCUAUGGAUUUUAUGAUGAAUGUAAACGAAGAUUCAAUGUGAGGCUUUGGAAAGUGUUCACAGAAUGUUUCAACUGCUUGCCAGUGGCAGCUCUAAUUGAUGAAAAGAUAAUCUGCAUGCACGGUGGACUCUCUCCUGACUUACACAAUUUAAAUCAGAUAAAGAGUCUUCCGCGUCCUAUUGAAGUACCUGAAACUGGUCUACUAUGUGACCUCCUUUGGUCUGAUCCAAGUAGUGAAAUUCGGGGUUGGGGAGAAAAUGAACGUGGAGUUUCCUAUACUUUUGGUGUUGACAGGGUAACAGAAUUCCUUCAGAAGCAUGAUCUUGAUUUGAUAUGCAGGGCCCAUCAGGUUGUGGAAGACGGAUAUGAAUUCUUUGCUAACAGACAACUUGUAACGAUCUUCUCGGCACCUAAUUACUGUGGAGAGUUUGACAAUGCUGGUGCUAUGAUGACUGUUGAUGAGUCUCUCGUUUGCUCUUUUCAAAUACUGAAGCCUGUAGAGAAAAAGCCUAGUAAGUUUGGCUUUGGGAGCACAACUACAGUUAAGCAAAGUACAACGGCAAAAGUCAAGCAAUCAUUUUUUGGUGCUAAAGCAUGA